AUGGUCGGCCAAGCAGCGGGCGGACCAGUCGCGGGGUUACUGUGCCGCACUGCGCUGUGUGCGCUGGCGACGGCCUUGACAGCUGCGGUGAUGGCGGUGACGGUGGCGGGUCAGGCCUCAACCCUGCCUGCUUGCGCCCCCGUGGCCACCCUGGUGCUGUACGCCGGCAGUGGCGGCUACCCGUACCUGAGGGGGGUGUACGAUGAGCUGCCCCUGGACAAGAAGGGCCUUCUGCCCCUGGGGCAGGGACAGGUGGCGGCACUGGACUUGGAGGCCCCCCGAUGCAGCCUGCUGGGGAUGUCAUCCUGGCCGAGCAACUUACUCCUGUACGACAACGGCACCCUGUCCCGAGUGCUCCCCAAUGCGAUGGCCUCCCUGGGGGCUGUGGGGGGCACCCUCAUGCUGUACGGCCACCCGGGUUUGGACGCGGCGGGUAUGCGCAGCCUGCAAAGCCUCCGCAACGUUAAGUCUGCCACCAACCUGUUGCUGUACAAUCUCGAUGCCCUGACUGACCUGCUGGGCCUGGAGGGCUUCACCUCCCUGCCCGGGGACCUCUACCUGGGGGGCAACGGCCGGCUGAGGUGGCUGGGGGGCCUGGAGGGGCUGCGGGAGGUGGGGGGAGAUCUGGCGCUGCUCAGCAACAUGGCGCUCAGCUCCGUGCAGGGACUCCAGAACCUGCAGGUGGUGCGGGGCCAGCUGCUUGCCAUUGGUAACGGUAAACUAACCAACCUCCUGGCGAUGGCGUCACUCACCUCCGUCGGAUCACUGAGGGAGACCAACAACGGUGCCGUACAACUGCGACUACCUGAGAAUGUCCGAGUGGGGCUAGCAGCCGCUGGAGGCCAGGACGGCGGGGGGGAGGCGACUCUGCUCGCCAAUGCCGUUGUGCAAACUACCUCGUCCAUCACCACCGCCAUCCCUGGCGCCGGCCCUGGGCAAUUCCCCCCUCGAGUGGACACAUCUGUCGUACUGCUGUACAGUGGCUCAACCCCCGACUUAGAGGAUGUGAGCGACUGGCUCAAGAAGUUCGAUCCCCCCGUGGAGCCGUUUGAGGUCAGGGAGUACAACACCCGCGCCAUCAACCUGUACGACACAGCAAGGGAGGCCCAGAAGCUGUCCGUCAUCAGCGGUUCACUCGUGAUUUGGGCCAGCAGGGACCUGGGCCAGGGGCUAUGGCCACUAUCGGGCCUUACGGCGGUGUACGGCCAAUUAGUCAUCGUAGGACCUCCCGAUCGCAGCAGCGCACUGGAGACCCUCCAAGGGCUGGACAAUCUGCAGUACGUGGGGGGCCUGCACUUGCUCUACCUUCAGCAGCUCCGAAACCUCACCGGCCUGGGCGGGCUGGGCAGCUGCCGGGGCGAUCUCAACAUCCUGCAGUGCCCCUCCCUGCCGUCCACCCGGGGUCUGGCGCCGCUCACCUCCGUGUACACUGACAUGUACCUGGUGGGGAACACGGCGCUGUGGGACAUAGCAGGUCUCAAGAACAUCCGGAGCGUCGGCGGGACUUUGCACCUGCAGGACAUGCCGUACGUCAAAGACCUGGAAGGCCUGUCCGGCGUACGGUCGGUGUACGGCCACUUCGUCAUCCAGAACUGCAGCCAACUGACCUCCACCUCCGCGCUCAGGCAGCUGUCCAGUGUCGGUAGCCUACGCCGCGUGGGUUCUCUUCUGUCCAUCAGCGACAACUCCGGCCUCAAGACCCUGUCCGGGCUCAGUGCCCUGACCGACAUCGGGGAGCAGCUGCUGGUCGCCAGGAACCCGCAGUUGUACACGCUGGCGGAUAUGGACUCGAGCCUCAAGCGCGUGGGUGGCGGGGGUAUUGAGCUGCUGGAAAACCCCGCCCUCACCUCCCUGGGCCGUCUGCCGACCACCCUGGAGCGAGUGUACGGCCCGGUGGUGAUCAAGGGACCGGUGGCCGGGGAGGAUGUGGCCGCGGUUCAAGCAAAAUCGAGCAGUGGCGGCGGCGGCGGUUCCUCGUCGCAGGGGAAGUGA